UUGACGUAUUGUUUUUCUUCCAGCUAAACAAUCAUUGUAUUUUGGAUACAAUCAGGUUUUAAGAUAAACUAGAAAGUAAUUUUUAAAAUUCAAACAAAUUUUAAAAAGCCAAAUUAAACAAACAAAAAAAACAGGAUGGAAUCAUCAUUUGCACCUUUGAGUGAGGCAUGUGCCCGAACAUUGUGGGACAAAACCUACGAAAAACGCAAAGUAGCGGCCGCAGAAAUUGAAAAAAUGGUUAUGGAAUUCAAUUCAACAAAAAACUAUAAUCAAAUCCGUAAAUUGAUCAAUGUACUUGGACAAGAAUUUGCCACAUCAAAAGAUAAUAAUAAACGAAAAGGCGGUUUACUCGGUUUAGCUGCCACUAGCAUUGGUUUGGGAAAGGAUACCGAAAGAUUUGUCGAAGAACUGGUGUCACCGGUGCUAAAUUGUUUGCUUGAUCCAGAGGUGCGAGUACGUCUCUUUGCCAGUGAAUCUCUCUAUAAUAUUGUUAAAGUAGCCCGUGGAUCAAUCAUUCCAUUGUUUCCGCGCAUUUUUUCAGCGCUUUCAAGACUUGUGACCGAUUCCGAUGAAAAUUGCAAAAACGGAAGCGAACUAUUGGAUCGUUUGUUAAAAGAUAUUGUAACUGAGUCACCACAAACCUUUGAUUUAGAUGCAUUUAUUCCAUUGUUACGUGAACGAAUUUAUACGAAAAAUUCAUUUUCACGACAAUUCAUUAUCUCUUGGAUAUCUGUAUUGAAUGCUGUGCCCGAAAUCAAUAUGAUUUCUUAUCUACCGGAAAUUCUUGACGGACUCUUCCAAAUGCUAGACGAUCAAUGUGUGGAAAUUCAUACGACGUGUGACACACUUCUGUCGGAAUUUUUGAAAGCGAUCAAAAGUGAACCGAGCGAAACAAAAAUGUCGGAAAUGUGUAACAUUUUAAUAAACCAUGCCCAGUCAACGAAUGCAUUGAUUCAAUUCACCGCUAUCGAUUGGAUUCGAGAGUUUGUUCAGUUGUCCGGUCCAAAAAUGUUGAAGUUUGCCAGUGGCAUAUUCACUGCCAUUUUACCAUGCUUGGCAUAUGAAGGAGAAUCUAGACGAGAUAUCAAAAAGACAGCCCAGACCGUCAACCUAAACAUGUUCGAUUUGAUUUCGUCCAAAGUAGAAAAGGAGAAUGCUUUCAAGUAUUUGGAUUUGGAUUCUGUGAUGAAGGUGUUGCAACAGUAUUUGAUACAAGGUUCUGUUGAUACAAAAGUCGCUGUUUUAGAAUGGAUCAAUCAUUUAUUUGCUCAAGCUGAAAAUGAGAUGUCAACGCAUGCCAUUGACUUAUAUCCAGUAUUAUUUGAAACUCUUUCGAAUAAUUCCGAUGAAGUGGUCAUCCAAGGUUUGACCGUGCUUGCUGAAAUUGUGAAUUGUACAAACAAAUCAAAAGAUCCAAUCAAAAGCCAUAUUCACUAUAAGAAAUUUUUGAUUAGCUUGUUAAAGCUAUUUGAAGAAAAACGACCACUGCUGGAAAAUCGUGGCGCAUUCAUCAUUAGUCAACUUUGCAUCCUAUUGAAUGCGGAGGUGAUUUAUCGUAUUUUUGCCGAGAUAAUUUUCGAAGAAACAAGCAAUUUAAAAUUUGCUUCGACAAUGGUGCGCACACUGAACACAAUUCUAUUGACCACGUCCGAAUUAUUUGAAUUGCGAAUGCAUUUGAAGGACAUCACCAAUGAGAAAUCUGCAUCCUUAUUCCAGUGCCUUUACAAGUCUUGGGCUCAUUGCCCCGUAUCAACAUUGUCACUAUGUUUGCUGGCUCAAUGCUAUCAGCAUGUCUCACAAUUGGUCGUUUUAUUCGGCGAGAUUGAGGUAACCGUUGAGUUCCUUAUUGAAAUGGACAAAUUGGUGCAGCUAAUUGAAUCGCCGAUUUUUGCUUCUCUACGUUUAAAUUUGGUGUCGCAGAAUACGACCGAGGCUCAAUAUUUAUCUCAUGCUUUGUUUGGAAUAUUAAUGUUGCUGCCACAAACCGAAGCAUUUACUUUGCUAAAAAAUCGACUACAAUGUAUUCCACAUUCGCAGGCAUUCCAACAUAAUCCCGAUACCAGUAAAUUGGCGGAAAAUAGAAGCGGUAUCGAGUUUGCCGAGCUACUAAAACAUUUCAAAAGUAUACAGAAGAGUCACCACGAAUACCGUAAUAAUCAACGAAUACGAAAUUUCUCUAUCUCCGAACGUCAUAACUUAAAUAAUUGAAGCAAAGAAAAGCAAAUGUAUUUUACAUAGUUUUGGUCUCCAAAUAAACAGUUUAUAUCAAGUAAA